UCGGCGAUUCUAAAUGGGCUUCCGUGUUACUUCCGUGUUCUCCGAGGAACGCGAAGUAUUUUUGACGGAACGGUCAUAUCUGGAUCGGUGACUUUUAUUGAGGCUUCUUUCUCUCUUCGACAGGAACCGGCUUCUAAUGUUGGAAGGAAAUCCCUGAACUCUCUUUCAUCGGUCCGAGCAGACAGAAAGUUUGGAAGCAUGGCUGACAGCCGUGAAGAGGAUAAAACAGAUGGAAACCAGGAGCCGCAAGGAGCUGUGGGUGGAGAAGGAUGGACAAUUCGCAUGCGCCUGUGCAAGCUGUUUGUGGAACCUGCUCGACGUUGUAGAUGAUCCUAUCUUGGAGCAAGGAGCAGUGGUUCUCAGAGGGUAUGUGAUUGAGCGUAUAAACACAGGGGACCCCGAUCUGCAUGUCCGCUCUGAAGAUCUGGGAGGAAGGCCAAAUGAACACCAAGAUCCGCAAAUCAAAGAAGUAGUGGAACAGCUGCUUAAGAUAUCAGAUGAACUGAACAGGAAUUCUGAGUUUCAGCGGCUGGUCAGACAGGUUCAAGGUGACUGCGCUCAGGACGUCUUCAUGAAGGUGGCAAGGAGCAUCUUCGCUGAUGGCAUCAACUGGGGUCGAGUGGUGGCUCUUUUCCAUCUGGCCUACAAUCUCAUAUACAAGGCUCUGACCUCUAACCACCUAGAGAAUAUUAGAAUGGUUAUCAACUGGGUUCUCCAGGUCAUCAGAGACCAGCUCUACUCCUGGAUCGUGCAACAGGGAGGCUGGGAGGGGGUGAUCAGACGUUUUUCUCAAUGGAGGACAGUAGCCAUAGCAGCAUCAGUAGCACUGGUGGUAGCCUUUGUUUACUACAGGAAGACACACUGAGAAAAUUAGACCUUGCAACAAGGACUGCAGUCCUAUGCGCUGAAUGCAUGUAGCUCCUCAGGUUUCCAAGAACAAAAUAUGAUUUUACAGCCAGCUGUCCGUUGGGAAUCUCUCGUCUUCCUUCACCGGCAUAUCAAACUGAGCCAAGGACUUGAUUUUACCUGAAACAUAUGUGGGCCUUGCAUCGGUUCUGUUAGGGGUCUUGCAUCUGAGCAAAAUUUGUAUCAGACCACAGACAACAUAUAGAGACCUAAAAGUGCCUGAGGGCGACACCAACAUAUAGUUGACUUAACUAAUUAUGCUUACAUGUACACAAUUACAUAUACACUGGAGAGUUUCAUAUCCAUACUGACUGACCGAUCUACUCAUUUUUUCCCAAAUCCUUCACUGGACUUAUGAUCACCUACAUUUGCAGUAAAAUGUCUGACACUUCUAGUGUGUGGCAUCUGAAAGAAAAAGAAUACAAGGCCUGACUUGUUUUCUUUGCUUUCUUUUCCUUUGACUCCACUGUGAAUGGACAUGUUUUAGAAAACAAAAUUAAACUUUAGAAUUUAUGCUCUCUAUAUUUAAAAAAUUAUAAAAAUGUCUAAUUAGAACCUUUUGACUACACACAAGAAGGAGCUUCAGAGUGCGAACCUUCUUUUUGACUCUGUGGGUAUUGAUAAAAAGUAGUUAUUACUAUUUAAAUGAGUGCCUUUUACUUAUUUCAGAGUGUAAAUCUUGGUUGGUGAUUUAUGUGGGGUUUGCAGUCAGUACCUCCAUGCUGACCAAGCAGCUGUUAUUUAAUAUGUGUGUAAGUUUUGUUGAGCAUUUUUAGCUACCAAGAACUGAUUGUGCACUUUGAGGGGGAAAUCACAUAACUGAUCUGUGGUGCCUUUUUACAGUUUUGAAAAAAUAAAUAAAUAUUUGAAUGGA